AUGAAUCUGAGAUCUGGACCUCAAGUUCACUGCUUUUCUUUUCAUCUGCAGUCGCGAGGAAGAGUAGGAAGAUCAGGCAGAGAGGGUUUCACACACCUCUUCUACACUGACAACUCUUUGCUUUCCAGGAUUGCCAUGGGAGCUUUGGAUGGUGGUCUUGAUCUUCCGCACAGUGACAAGAGAUUUGCUGGCUUCAAGAAGGAUAAGCAGCUGGGCGCUGAGAUUCACCUCAAAUACAUCUAUGAAGGUCAUGUUGCUGACUACAUGAAGUCAAUAGCUGAUGAGGAACCUAAGAAGUACCAAUCUCACUUCAGUGAGUACAUCAAGAAGAACUGA